AUGAAUUUUUUUUCCAAAAAACCCAAUAUAAGGAACACAAAAUCUGAAGUUAUCCAUAAAUCAAACAACAAUAGUGCCAGUAUUGACAAUGUCAGUUGCAACAUUGUUAAUGAACAUAACGCAAAUAGUAACAAUGAAGGAGAAAAUGACACAAACAACAUCAACUUUCUACCUGAAGAUAGUAAUGGAUUUGCAAAUUCCAAUUAUGACAUAGAUAAAAGGUCUGAAAUUUAUCAUUGUAAUAAAGUCUAUGACGCACAGUAUAGCAUGCACAUGAAUAAAAUUCAGAAUGGUGUAAGGUCUACACGAAAUUAUACUUCAUCCCACAGAAUAUGUUCUCCAAGGUCACAGUCCAUAAAUUUAUUUGCUCCAAAAGUAAAUAGGACAUCCACUAUAUCACGAAAUUUUGAUGAUAAAUUAUCACAGAUUUCAUUUUAUACGAAUAAAAAAAAACAUAUGGAUAGAAUUUCCAUCCUUGAAUCCAAUGAUAGCUUCAAAACACAAGGGAACUCACCAAUAGUUGAACAGUCCUUAGAAUUACUCAAACAUUUAGUUAAUCAGGAAAAUAGGGAGCAUUAUAUGUCUUCGCACGAAACUGAUAACAAGAAUAAAUUAAUGUUAAAAUUAAUUGAUCAAACUAAAAAAAAUGAAGAAAAAACAAAUUUUUUGCCAACAGAAUAUAGCAGUAAUAAGAGCUAUGAUAAUUAUCAAAAAAGAUUCGAAAUGUUACAUUUCAAAUUUAUUAGAUUAAAAAAUGAUUAUUCGCAUCUGAGUAAUGAAAAUGUCAUCCUUAAAAAACAGUUAAGAAAUAUAAAAGACAAUUACCAUAUGCUAAAUCCAAAAAGUGCAACCGUUUCUUUUCCCAGAGGAUCUAUACGGGAAGAUAUGCUGCGAAGUAAUGAUAUUGGAAAGAGUAGCGAUACGACAAAUAUUAACAAUGAAAUAAAUAUGAAACAACAACAAGGUGAAGGAACAAUGUUAAACAAAGGGACAAAUAUCAAUAAAGUAAUACAGUCUAUAGAUAAUUUAGUUGCAAAAACCAAAUUAGUUGAUUGUGAAGUACAAACAGAUUGCACCUUAGCAAGCCAUACACCAAACAGCUUAGAUCAUACUACAGGAGGGGAUGGAAAUUCCAUAUUAAAUGUAAAUAGAAACAAUUUAAAUUCAAAUGUGGUAGAUGAAGAAUAUCUUAAUAGAAUACGAGAACAAAUUAGGAAUGAAGUCACCCUAGAAAUUACAAACAAAUUAGAAAAAAAAUACAAAGAUGAAUUACAUUUGUUGAGACAAGGUGUUGCUAAUAAUAAUAAGAUCAAACAAAGUGAUAGUGAAAAUAUUUCCAUUGAUAAAAUUUUUAACAAAACCAGAGCUAAACUCGAUGAAGAAAUAAAUAAGACAAUUAAUAGUUAUAAAAAUAAUAUUUUUGUUCACUUUAAAGAAUUAGUGAAUUUAUCAAAAGAGGGAUCAAAAAAUUCAAUCGAAAUGAAUUAUAAUGAAGAAGGAAAUACUAAUAAGAGAACAGACAUCGGGGUAAAUAACUUUUCUUCCCUUUCUUACAAUGAAAAAAUUAAUGAAUGUAUGAGCUUGCUUGAAAAAGUUAUUAAAAUGAAAAAAAACAUUAAAAAAGAAAAUGUAAAAAAAAACAUCGAUAGUAGUAGUCUUAUUAAUGUACUUAAUAAUAUAAAUACAGACAUAAACGACAUUGAUGAUAUGAUUUAUAAUUUGAGUGCAAAUAUUGCAAGGAGCCAUAUUUCGGAUGAUGGAGAAAGUUAUCCCGAGGAAUUGGAUAUUUUGGAAAAGCCCGUUACUGCUAAUAACUAUUUCGAACUGGAAGAGGUGCCCAGUUGCAAUAAUUUAGACAAUGCGGUUGAUACUGUCAAUGCUGCUGAUACUGUCGCUGCGACCGAUACUUCCAAUGAGAAUGAAAUGAUGGGGGAACCCAUAAUUAUCACUAAUGAUAAAGGGGAAAUUUCUCGUAAAAAUAAGAAAAAAUUCGUAGAUCAUAAUAAUGAUCCAAUUACAAUUCAUAAUGAUGGUGCUAUACCCAAUUUUAAAGAGCAAGAUGACAACUUGGAAAAUCAUCCAAAUAGAGGUAACAUGCAUAUGGAGAAUCGAAAAACCGAUGACAAAAUUGAUGUCAUGGGCAAUAUAUCACAGUGGAUUGUUCACAAUGAAGAAAAGUUAACCAGAAAUGAGGACGAAUAUUCAAGUGUGGUAUCAAAUAAAAACAUGAAUACACAUUUGCCUACCAAUGGGCAUGUUCUUAUCGGAAGUCGUACGAUUAAUGGUAAGAACAUUGACAUGGACAGAGGUGUAUCUAACGGGCCUUACAAUAACAUGGACAGCAGUAUAUCUAACGGGACAUACAAUAAUAUGGACAAAGGGAUGAAUCGAACCAACGUCAAUCAGUUCACUGCGGGGGUAGGAAAAUGUGACAAGAAUCAUGCAAUCGUAGAAGAAAGAAAGAGUCAAGACAGUUUAGACAUCACUAGUGACAAUGUAGCACGUAUUAUGGAAGGUAAUGUGAAUAAUGAGAAGGUGCAUGACAAAAGAGAAAAAUUUAUUAAUUUUGUAUCGAAGGAUAAUGCUGUUCAAGUGAAUUCUAGGGAGGAAUUGUCAAAAGAGGAAGGCAAAGAAAUUAUACAUACGGAACAAGUUAUAAAUGAAAACAAAGAUAAUAUAGAAAAUGAAAAUGGGAAAAAAAAAAGUAAAUGGAAAAGUAUUUUCUCAAGUAAAAAAACAAAAAAGAAAAACCUAAGUGACAAUUUUGGUAAUGACACAGAAUUAUGGUCAAAAAAUGAAAAUAAUGAGAAUAAUGAAAAUAAUGAAAAGAAUAAUAAAAAUAAUACAAAUGGGGAAAAAUUCUAUAACAUUAUGAACAUGAACACAUCAUCGAAUAAUGUGCAAAUUGAAAAGGGAGAAAUAGACGUUCUAAACAAUGACGUAAACAAUUUAGAAAAUUUUAAGACCCAAAAUGAAUAUUUAAAUGGGAUCUCAAAUAAUCCGAAUCCUCAUUAUCAGGAAUUUAUAUAUUCAUCGAAAGAUCACAACAUUGAAAAGGUCCAUUCAAAUGCCUACAAUUUGAGUAACGGUGGUAUUGAAUUUUACCGCGAGGAACGUAAUGAAACAAUGAAUAAUGGCUUACAGAAUUUCUGUAACAAAAAUGAUUUUAAUAACAAUAGAAAUGAUGGUAAUAAUAGUAACACCACUACGAACUAUUUCAUCGAUGGGGAAAAGUGUAAUCAUAAUGGAAUAAAUGCUUACGAUGGUAGUAGGAGAACCCAAAUAAAUCCAUUUAAUUAUGAAAAUAAUAACAACCCUGUAGUUAGUAACAACUAUAAUGUAUCUAAUGCAGAUAAUUUACACAUGUACAAACGUAACAGUGGGUCAAAAAAUUUAUCUAAUUAUAAUGACAGGGAAAACAAUUCAAUUAACUGCUCAAUAUAUUCGUAUAACCCAAAUGUUAAUAGCAAAAAGGGUUUUGUCAUAACAGAUGAAGAAGGAACUGAGAAGGAAUCCCCUUAUACUGUAAAAAGUAAUAGCAUAAAAAUGAUGAAUAAUAAUGAACAGGUGGGCCCAAAUAAUAACUUCCCAUUUAUGGAAAACAAUAAAAAGGAUUUUGUAAAAUUAGAACGUACUUAUCAAAAUAAUGAAAUAGAAAAAUGUUUCAAUUUUUACAAAAAUGAUGUACAUAAUCGUAAAAUAAACAACGGAAUGAAUACUGUUGAAGAAUUGAAUAACCAGUAUAAUUUUUUUUACAGCUUGAACGACUCGAAUGGCCCUAAAGAGAAAUAUAACCCAUGUGAUCAAAGUAAUAAUAUGACAUGUUUAAACAAAUAUAACAACGAAUACCAGUUUGAUGAUUCUUCAGAAAAAAAUCGUCCAAAUUAUUACAGCAAAACGGCCAAUAUAAAAAGAGUAAAUAGUAGCGCAGUAAACACAAGUAAGAAUCAUACAACAGAUCUGACCCAAAAUGGUCAGGUCAAAUUAUCAACAAAAAGUGAAGUCCACUAUAACUCUAUUAAAGUACAAAAAAAUAAAACGAAAAAAAAUUUAGAAGACCUUUUUGCUUAG